AAGAGUGAAAGCUGUCUGGAGAGUUCUUUGUGUACAUCUCCGCAAGUUAAAGGUGCGUAGAGAGUCCAGGAAACCUUUGAAAUGUUUCCAUUUUAGUUGCUGUCUUGAAUUAUUAUAGAAGGAAACACUGAACUUUGAAAAAAUGUUGGAAACCAUAGACAAAAAUCGGGCCCUACAAGCAGCAGAGCGCUUGCAAGCCAAGCUCCGAGAACGUGGGGAUAUAGCAAAUGAAGACAAACUAAGCCUUCUAAAGUCAGUGCUGCAGAGCCCACUCUUCAGUCAGAUUCUGAGUCUGCAGGCCUCUGUACAGCAGUUGAAAGAUCAGGUAAACCCUGCAACUUCAGCAACUUCCAGCGUGGAGUAUGCCCAUACUCCUCAUCUCAGCUCCUCAGUGAUUUCUGCUUUGCAAAAUGAAUCGUCUCUAUUAUCCUCAAAUAAUGGGAAUCAAGAGGCACUUACAGAACCUGGUACUCCGUACAUCAAUGGGAAACCUAUUUGUGAUGAAUUUGAUCAGUUGAUCAAAAAUAUGGCUCAGGGUCGUCAUAUAGAAGCUUUUGAGCUCCUCAAACCUUCAUGUGGAAGCCUUGGGUUUAGUGUUGUGGGGCUCAGGAGUGAGAACAGGGGAGAGCUGGGAAUAUUUGUGCAAGAGAUACAAGAGGGCAGUGUGGCUCACAGAGAUGGGAGACUGAAGGAGACAGAUCAGAUCCUUGCUAUCAACGGACAGGCACUGGAUCAGACAGUGACACGUCAGCAGGCUGUCAGCAUCCUGCAGAAGGCCAAGGAGACUGUCCAGCUGGUUGUUGCCAGGGGCGCCCUGUCACGGGUCGCCAGCCCUCGUGCCUCCCGUUCUCCAUCUGCAGCCAGCACAGUUUCAGCUCAUUCUAAUCCGGUUCCCUGGCAGCAUGUAGAAACCAUUGAAUUGGUGAAUGAUGGAUCUGGUCUGGGCUUUGGCAUCAUAGGAGGGAAGGCGACUGGGGUGGUUGUCAGAACCAUUCUGCCUGGAGGAGUAGCUGACCAGCAUGGACGCUUACGCAGUGGAGACCAUAUUUUAAAGAUUGGCGACACUGAUCUGGCAGGAAUGAGCAGCGAGCAAGUAGCGCAAGUCCUUAGGCAGUGUGGAAAUAGGGUUCGACUGAUGAUUGCAAGAGGGGCCACUGAGGAAGCUGCCACGCCCACCUCUCUAGGCAUUGCCCUUCCCUCCUCCUCUUCCACACUAGAGAUGCGGGUUGAUGCUUCUACUCAGAAAAGCGAGGAAAGUGAGACAUUUGAUGUAGAACUCACUAAAAAUGUUCAAGGAUUAGGAAUUACUAUUGCUGGUUAUAUUGGAGAUAAGAAAUUAGAACCAUCAGGAAUUUUUGUAAAGAGCAUUACAAAAAGCAGCGCUGUUGAACACGAUGGAAGAAUCCAAAUUGGAGACCAAAUUAUAGCAGUAGAUGGCACCAACCUCCAAGGCUUUACCAAUCAACAAGCAGUAGAGGUACUGCGACACACGGGACAGACUGUGCACCUGACACUGAUGAGGCGGGGAGUGACGCAGGAGACAGAGCUCCUGUCGAGGCAGGAAGUCACAGAGGAUGCGAAUGAGUCUCCAGUGAAUGCCAGCAUGAGCAAAGAAAAUUGUGAGAAAGAUGAAGAUUCUUCAUCUUUGAGGAGAAAUGUCAGCAUAUUACCAAUUGAAGAAGAAGGGUGCCCGUUACUCUCAGACGAGGGAGAGGAAAGAGAAGACACAAAAAAGCAAGAAACCGCCCUGCUGCUGACAAAGUGGCAGGGGCUCCUGGGCAUUAACUACGAAGUAGUGGUGGCUCAUGUGAGCAAGUUUAGUGAGAACAGUGGAUUGGGCAUAAGUCUGGAAGCAACAGUGGGACAUCACUUCAUCCGAUCUGUUCUACCAGAAGGUCCUGUUGGACACAGUGGGAAACUCUUCAGUGGAGAUGAGCUUUUGGAAGUGAAUGGCAUAACUUUGCUUGGGGAAAAUCAUGCAGAUGUGGUCAAUAUAUUGAAAGAAUUGCCAAUAGAGGUGACAAUGGUGUGCUGUCGUCGAACUGUGCCUCCGACCUCCCAGUCAGAAUUGGACAGCCUGGACCUGAGUGACAUUGAGCUAGCAGAAAAGCCUCAUGUCAAUCUAGGUGAGCUCAUCGGGUCCUCAGAGACAGAAGACCCAGUGCUGGCGAUGGCUGACACGAUUCAGAAUGUAGAGGAAGUUCAGGCUCCCCUGGCCAUGUGGGAGGCUGCCAUUCAGCACGUAGAACUGGAGAAAGGGAGCAGAGGACUUGGCUUUAGCAUUUUAGAUUACCAGGACCCCGCUGAUCCCACAAGCACUGUGAUUGUAAUCCGGUCUUUGGUGCCUGGUGGCGUUGCUGAGAAGGACGGACAGCUUCUUCCUGGAGACCGCCUCAUGUUUGUCAAUGACAUUAGCCUGGAACACAGCAGUCUACAAGAGGCAGUGGACGCGCUGAAGGGAGCGGCGCUGGGACCUGUGAGGGUUGGAGUGGCCAAGCCUUUACCUCUGUCACCAGAAGAAGGCUAUGUUUCUGCGAAGGAGGGCUCCUUUCUCUCCCCGCCACUCUCCUGUGAGGAGCAAGGUCUGCCUGCCACAGUCCUCCGCGGGCCUGACUUGGCUCUGGUAGAUGCACAUGAUGCUGGAAUAGCAGAUGAGUCCACAUUUGAGUCACAGUACUCCCUUGAUAACGACAGUCUCUACUCCACCCAAGCCUCUGUCUUGUCUUUCCAUGGCAGUGCCUGCAGUGAGGCCCUCAAUUACGGCCCCUCCCUUCCAUCAUCUCCACCCCAGGAUGUUGAUGAAAAUUCUUCUGAUCUAGUACAUGAUCUGCACAUGUCCUUAGAAGAACUGUAUGCCCAAAGCCUCCUGCAUAGGCAGAAUGAGACUCCGUCUUCAGCAGACAUGAGUAUGGGGUCUACUUCUGGGUUUGCUGUCAGUGAUUACACGCCUGCAGAUCCUGUUGGACAGUGUGCACACGGAAAUGCCGUGCCUUGGGCUGACUCUCGGCCACCACGUGAAGUUGUAGCAAGCGCAGAACUUACUUUUCCUGUGCUCCCUGAUUCAACUGGAAAGGGCUCUGAGUGCCUAAUUGAACAGAGCUCUCUGGCCUCAAAUGAUGAGUUUGUCAUGCUUGAAAAUAUGUCCAAGGAAUCUUUUGAGAGGACUAUUACUAUAGCAAAAGGCAAUUCUAGCCUAGGGAUGACGGUCAGUGCUAAUAAAGAUGGCUUGGGAAUGAUUGUUCGGAGCAUCAUUCAUGGAGGGGCCAUUAGUCGAGACGGCCGGAUUGCCGUUGGGGACUGCAUCUUGUCCAUUAACGAGGAGUCUACUGUCAGUUUAACCAGUGCGCAGGCACGAGCCAUGUUGAGAAGACAUUCUCUUAUUGGGCCCGACAUAAAAAUUAGUUAUGUGCCUGCAGAGCACUUGGAGGAAUUCAGAAUAGGCUUGGGGCAAGAACCUGGAGGAAUAAUGGCACUGGAUAUUUUUUCUUCCUAUGCUAGCAGAGACAUUCCAGAACUACCAGAACGAGAAGAGGGAGAAGGAGAAGAAAGUGAACUUCAGAAUGCAGCGUACAGCAAUUGGAAUCAGCCCAGGAGGGUUGAACUUUGGAGAGAACCAAGCAAAUCCUUGGGGAUCAGCAUUGUUGGUGGACGAGGGAUGGGGAGUCGUCUAAGCAAUGGUGAAGUGAUGAGGGGCAUUUUCAUCAAACAUGUUCUCGAGGAUAGUCCUGCUGGGAAAAAUGGAACCUUGAAGCCUGGAGACAGAAUAGUAGAGGUGGAUGGAAUGGACCUCAGAGAUGCAAGCCAUGAACAAGCUGUGGAAGCCAUUCGGAAAGCAGGCAACCCUGUAGUCUUUAUGGUACAGAGCAUUAUAAACAGACCAAGGAAAUUCCCUUUGCCUUCCUUGCCGUACAGCCUUUGCCCUAAGUACAACUUCAGCAGCACUAACCCAUUUGCUGACUCUCUUCAGUUCACCGCUGACAAGGCACCCAGGCUCGUGGAGCCAGAGGCAGGGCAGGCCCCGCUGUGCGAUGCGCUUCAGCCCUCUUCUUCAGCACUUGGAGAAGCAGGCAGCGAUCAUGCUCAGUCAUGUGCAAGUAGCGCCUUGGAGGAUGUGGACAAAGAGGACGAGUUUGGUUACACCUGGAAAAAUAUCAGAGAGCGUUAUGGAACCCUAACAGGCAAGCUCCACGUGAUUGAGCUGGAGAAGGGACACAGUGGUUUGGGCCUGAGUCUUGCUGGGAACAAAGACCGAACCCGAAUGAGUGUCUUUAUAGUGGGAAUUGAUCCAAAUGGAGCAGCAGGAAAGGAUGGCCGAUUGCAGGUUGCCGAUGAACUUCUAGAGAUCAAUGGUCAGAUUUUAUAUGGAAGAAGUCAUCAGAAUGCCUCAUCAAUUAUCAAAUGUGCCCCUUCUAAAGUAAAAAUCAUUUUCAUUAGAAAUAAAGAUGCAGUGAAUCAAAUGGCUGUAUGUCCCGGAAAUACAGUAGAACCUUUGCCUUCCACUUCAGACAAUCUUCAAAAUGAGGUAGAGCCAAGUGCUGCUGCUUCUGGUGCAGCUGUCAGCCUCAGUUCAUUUACCGCUGUGCACCAUCUGGAGCUUCCCAAGGACCAAGGGGCUUUGGGCAUUGCUGUCAGUGAGGAAGACACGCUCAAUGGAGUCGUCGUACAGAGUUUAGCAGAGAGUGGGGUGGCAGCCAGGGAUGGACGCCUCAAAGUUGGAGAUCAGAUCUUAGCUGUCGAUGAUGAAGUUGUUAUUGGCUGUCCCAUUGAAAAGUUUAUUAGCCUGCUGAAGACAGCAAAGACAACAGUAAAACUGACCAUUCAUGCUGAGAUUCCAGAUUCCCAGACUUCUCCUUCAGCAGCUGGUGCAGCCAGUGGAGAAAAAAUGAACAGCUCACAGUUGCCAGUGGUCCCACACUCUGGCUCCCCUGAGUUGGAACCAGAGUCCAUCCGAAGUACAAGCAGGUCUUCAACACCGGCAAUCUUUGCUUCUGAUCCUGCAACUUGCCCCAUUAUCCCUGGCUGUGAAACAACCAUUGAGAUUUCCAAGGGGCGCACAGGGCUGGGCCUCAGCAUUGUGGGAGGGUCAGACACACUGCUGGGUGCUAUUAUCAUCCAUGAAGUUUAUGAGGAAGGAGCAGCAUGUAAAGAUGGAAGACUCUGGGCUGGAGACCAGAUUUUAGAGGUGAAUGGAAUUGACUUGAGAAAGGCCACCCAUGAUGAGGCAAUCAAUGUCCUGAGACAGACGCCCCAGAGAGUGCACCUGACGCUCUACCGAGACGAGGCUCCCUACAAGGAGGAGGAUAUGUGCGAUGCCCUCACUGUUGAGCUGCAGAAAAAGCCAGGAAAAGGCCUCGGGUUGAGCAUUGUUGGUAAAAGAAACGACACUGGAGUAUUUGUGUCAGAUAUUGUUAAAGGAGGAAUUGCAGAUGCUGAUGGCAGGCUGAUGCAGGGAGACCAGAUAUUGACAGUGAAUGGAGAAGAUGUCCGUGACGCCACCCAGGAAGCUGUUGCUGCUUUGCUAAAGUGUUCCCUAGGCACAGUGACCUUGGAAGUGGGAAGAAUCAAAGCUGGUCCGUUUCACUCCGAGAGGAGGCCUUCUCAAAGCAGCCAGGUGAGUGAAGGCAGCCUGUCAUCUUUCACUCUUCCACUUUCUGGAACAAGUACAUCUGAGUCACAGGAAUAUAGCUCAAAGAGGAAUGCCUUAGCAUCUGAAAUACAGGGAUUAAGAACAGUUGAAAUAAAAAAGGGGCCUGCUGACUCACUGGGAAUCAGCAUUGCAGGAGGAAUGGGCAGCCCGCUCGGUGAUGUGCCCAUAUUUAUUGCAAUGAUGCACCCAAAUGGCGUUGCCGCACAGACCCAGAAACUCAGAGUUGGAGAUCGGAUUGUCACUAUAUGUGGCUCCUCAACUGAGGGGAUGACUCACACUCAAGCAGUGAACUUACUGAAAAAUGCCUCUGGCUCCAUUGAAAUGCAGGUGGUGGCCGGAGGAGAUGUGAGCGUGGUCACAGGUCAUCAGCAGGAGCAUGCUGGGGCUGCUCUUCCUUUCACUGCGCUGACAUCAGGCGCUGUAUUCCAGGAGGAUUUGGGACCUCCUCAGUGUAAGUCUGUUACGUUAGAACGAGGGCCAGAUGGCUUAGGCUUCAGCAUAGUGGGAGGACAUGGCAGCCCUCAUGGAGACUUACCCAUUUACGUUAAGACGGUAUUUGCAAAGGGAGCAGCAUCAGAAGAUGGGCGUCUGAAACGGGGUGAUCAGAUCAUCGCCGUCAAUGGACAGAGUCUGGAAGGGGUCACCCAUGAAGACGCUGUUGCGAUCCUUAAGCGAACCAAGGGCACUGUCACCUUGAUGGUUCUGUCUUGACUCAGCAGCCAGAGCUCAAGCAACUCAACCCCACGCUUCCCUCACACGCUGUCAAGAGAGUGGGAUGACCUCGUACAUGCCUUUUCCUGUGCUGUGUUCAUGAGGCCUUUAAAAUGGUACUGGGAAAAUAAUACUCAAGUUGGCUUU